ACCACUCUACACCUCAACCAUGAGCGCGCCAAUUGCUCUGAGGGCGCGCCGGCUCUGGCAAAACGCGCCCCGCGUGCGCCAACCCACUUUUUACCGCCGCGCCAACUACCUACGAACCUUUGCCACCAUCACCAGCGAGACCGGCAGACCUCGCUAUGAUGUCGUCGUCAUUGGGGGUGGCCAUGCUGGUACCGAAGCCUCCGCCGCCGCCGCCCGCUCCGGCGCCCGUACCGCGCUCGUUACGCCCUCGGUCUCCAACCUCGGUGUCUGCUCUUGCAACCCUUCUUUCGGUGGAAUCGGCAAGGGAACAAUGCUCCGCGAAAUUGAUGCGCUGGAUGGCGUCGUUGGCCGAAUUGUGGACAAGGCGGGCGUACAGUUUCGCGUUCUGAACCGCAGGAAGGGCCCCGCAGUUUGGGGGCCCCGGGCACAGAUAGACCGCAAGCUGUAUAAUCGGUACAUGCGCGAGGAAAUGGUUGGCUAUCCCGGGCUGAGCGUGGUGGAGGGAAGCGUGGCGGACAUCGUGGUUGAGAAGGGAGAGCAGGGAGAGGGAAGUUAUGGAAAAAUUACGGGUGUAAGGCUGGAGAGCGGCGAGGUUAUCGACACGGAGAAUGUGGUGAUAACCACGGGAACCUUUCUGGGUGGGGAGAUACACAUCGGUCUCGAGGUAUUCCCAUCCGGGCGCAUGGGCGAAGCUGCCACAUUUGGGCUCAGUAAGUCCUUGCGCGCAGCAGGAUUCACACUUGGCAGGCUCAAGACUGGCACGCCGCCUAGGCUUGACCACAAGACGAUCAAUUAUACGGGACUCGAACGGCAACCAGGAGAUGAUCCGCCGAUGCCUUUCAGCUACCUCAACUCGGAAGUCCAAGUCAAGGACCAACUCGACUGUUUCAGCACGUACACUAAUGCCGCCACACAUGACAUUAUCCGCGCAAACCUAGACAAGAGUAUACAUAUUAGGGAAACCGUGAAAGGUCCCCGAUACUGCCCCUCGCUCGAGUCCAAGAUCCUCCGCUUUGGUCACAAGGAGCAGCACAUCAUCUGGUUGGAGCCCGAGGGUUUUGACACCGAUGUCAUUUAUCCUAACGGAAUCUCCAUGACUGUUCCUGCUGAUGCCCAGGCUGCUAUGCUUCGGACGGUCAAGGGUUUGGAGAACGUAAAAAUGCUGCAGCCCGGGUACGGCGUUGAGUAUGACUACGUUGACCCACGAAACCUCCGCUCAACCUUGGAGACGAAGAAUAUUCGUGGCCUGUUCCUUGCCGGACAGAUCAACGGCACCACGGGCUACGAAGAAGCCGCUGCACAAGGCAUAGUGGCCGGUAUCAACGCCGGUCGUUCUGCUCAGAACCUAUCGCCUUUCUCACUAACUCGCGCCGACGGCUACAUUGGCAUUAUGAUUGACGACUUGAUCACAAAGGGUGUCUCAGAGCCCUACCGCAUGUUCACCUCCCGCAGCGAAUACCGCAUGUCGGCCCGCGCCGACAAUGCUGACAGCCGCCUGACGGCACUCGGCCGCGCCGCCGGCGUUGUGGGCGACAAACGAUGGGCCUCGUUCAGCGACACGCACGACCAAAUGAAGGAGCUGACGGCCCUUCUGCAAAAGCAAACCUUUGGCUCGCCCACCUGGGCAUCGCACGGGUUCAAGGUGCGCGAAGACACGACGCGGCGCUCAGCGUUCGACCUGUUGCGCAUGGCCGACGUAACCACGGCCUCGCUGCUCCCCAUCAUCCCAGAAAUCGCGCAAUUCGACGCGGCGGUGCGCGCGCGCGUCGAAAUCGAAGGCACCUACGCGCCGUACGUCGAGCAGCAAAACGCGCGCAUGCGCGUCUUCCUGAAAGACGAGUUCCUGCGCCUACCCACCGACCUCGACUACAGCAAGGUGCACGGGCUGAGCAACGAGGAGCGCGGCCUGCUGGCGGCGGCGAGGCCCGAGAGCGUGGGCCAGGCGCGCCGCAUCGAGAACAUGACGCCGAACGGGGCGUUGCGGCUGCUGGCGCAUGUGAAGAGCGAGGCGCGGGCGAAGAGCAGGGCGAUGGAGUGGGUGCGCUCCGAGGCGGCGCUGAGGGAUCGCGUUGCGGCGGAGACGGCGGCGGCGGAGUUUGAGGCCGGGGUUGAGGGCGGGGCGGGCGCUGUUUUUGCUGCAGAGAAGUAAUUGUUGCUCGGUACGUGUGUGUGCGCGUGGGUGGUGUGCAAGAGGCGGGAGUUUAUGCAUUGGGCGGUGUUUUCCUGUAGAAAGGGUAUUGCAUGGGCGUUUUUUGAUAGCGUGUGGGACGGCUUUUCUGUGGCGGCAUGGCGUAGGAGAUAUGCCAGACGAGGUGCCUGGUUGUAUACAAUGUAGAAGGGAUAUAGCCAUCACCACUCGAGAGAUGUAGUCAAUAGGCAGCUAGUCUGUUAAUGACGCUUUCUCUCCGAG